AUGACAACGAUAGAAACAGUAAUACCUUUCGAAGAAAAGACUGCUCUUGAUAAUGAACCAUUGACAGCAACAACUGAAUCUACUAUCUGUACUAAACUUGAAAGUUCAUCUAUAUUCUUACUUGUUUGUAUACUAUAUGGACUUAUUAUGACAUUUUCACAAUUAUUUAUUGGUUGGAAAUAUGUUUCUCAAUGUCCAAUUAAUCCUAAUAUUCCUAAAUAUCUUUUUGUUAAUGGUAUUAUUGGUAUUUUUUCUGGUAUUUUCGUUCAAUAUCGAACUUAUCUAUUAGCAAAAACAAGCAAAUCAUCUAAAGCAACAAACAAUCGUAAAACUGGAGUUAGUUUAGCGACUGCUAUGAAUAAUCCAUUGCUUUUUAUUAUUAAUAUUGCUCAUUAUUGUCGGAUUAUUUUUUUAUUUAUUUGGUUUACAUAUGGAUGUAAAUGGAUAUUUGGUGUUUGGAAUGAAGUUAAAUAUGAUCCUCCAAAUCAUCCACAAUUUUGUUUAUCAUUAUUUAACAAUUUUGAUCUACGUUGGGAUUUUUAUGUAAGUAUUGAAAAUGAUUAUUCUUCUCUUAAAUUUGUUCAUUUACUUGUUUUUUUUAUAGAACUCAAUCCCAAGAACAAACAACCGGUAAUUAAUAUAACGAUAGCAACAUGUAAUGAUUUUUCAUGUAAUCUCAAACGAACUCCAUGUUCAACUAAUCUUGAUUGUGAAUGUUUUUCUGUAACAUCAAAUUAUUCAAGUGAAGGCAUUUGUGCAUCAGCAUUCAUAUCUUGUUCAGCUCUUUUACCAUGUGAUAUCAAUAAUACAACAUGUUCUUACGAUAACACAAUAUGUGUUCAAAAUACACGCUGUGGUGAACCAGUUUGUUAUCCUACACUUUUAUCAAGUACAUUAAUAUGUCCACCACUUCCAACAACUACAACAAGUACAACUACUACAACAACUUCUACUUCAACGUCAUCAACAAGUACCACCAGUACUACUACAACAACUACUACUACAACAACUACAACAACUACUACUACGGCCAUACCUUGUUCGUGGUCACAAUGGGCAAAUGGUGCGUGUAGUGUUACAUGUGGUAAUGGUAUUUAUAUACGACAACGUCUAUGUCUUGACUUAAAGGCUUCGAGUUGUAAUAGAUGUGACACACCAACAGAUCCUAUAAAUGGCACUCGGCCUUGCUAUUAUCCCGUCUGUUCAUGA